AUGGGAAAUGUAAUAACUCUGCAAGUGGGGCAGUGCGGAAACCAAAUAGGAAAUGAGUUUUGGGAGAAAGUGUGCAGUGAGCAUGGGAUAUCAAGCAGCGGAGAAGUACUAACGCACACCACAGCAGACAGAAAGGAUACAUUUUUUUACGAGUCGUACGAUGGAAGGUACUUUCCCCGGGGAAUUCUUAUUGAUUUAGAGCCAAGAGUGGUUACAUCUAUCACAAGCAGCAAGCCGCAUUUAUUUAGCCCAGAAAACAUAUGGGUAGGCGCAGAAAGCAGGGGGGCUGGGAAUGUUUGGUCAAGUGGGUAUCAGCAGGGAAAAGAGAGCCAAGACGCGCUUCUAGAAAUUAUACAGAAAGAGGCUGAAAGCAGCAAUUUUCUUGAUGGGUUUAUUUUAUUCCACUCGCUUGGGGGAGGAACUGGGUCAGGGCUCGGGUCAUAUCUUCUGGAGGAAAUACGAGACAGAUUCCCAAAGAAGACAAUUCAGACGAUUUCAAUAUUUCCAAACAAUUCAGAGGUAAGCGAGUCUGUUGUACAGCCAUAUAACACAAUUCUAACACUAAGAAGAUUAAUGGGCAGUGCAGAUGGUGUGAUUGCAAUGGACAAUGGAUCGCUAACUAGUGCAAUUGGCGAUGCGCUAAAAGUGUCUGCACCCACCAUAGCACACACAAACAAACUAGCAUCUUCUGUGGCUGCUGCCUCCACUGUGACGGUGCGGUUUCCUGGAAGUAGGUUUAGUGACAUGAAUACACUUUUAUCUGCUGCCUCGCCAAUACCAGGGUGCCAUUUUCUAGUGCCCUCCUAUGCGCCAUUUAUUGAAUCAGAGGCCAGCACAGUUAGAAAGAUAACAUGUUUAGAUGUACAAAGAAGACUUAUUCUUCCUAAAUCUCGGUUGGUAGGAUUUGAAGAGAGCGAAACAAAUAGGGUAAUAUCAGCAGUUAACAUAAUGAUGGGGGUAGAUGCAGGAGAAAUUGAAAAAAGCAUGCAGAGAAUUCGGCAGAGAGAAGCCGUCAGAUUUGCACCAUGGACUCCCCCGAACAUUCAGGUAGCGAUUGCAAAGUCGCCUAAUAAGAGCAUUUCCGGGCUGCUACUAACAAAUACUACAGGAUUCUCUCGAACACUUCAGAAGAUAUCUGCACAAUACGAUGUUCUGAAGAGAAGGAAUGCCUUUUUAGACAUGUAUAGAAAAGAAGGAGAUGAAUAUAUUGAAGAGUUCGAGCCGGCGAGAGAAGCAGUCCAGGAGAUCAUUGAUGAGUAUAGGAAAGCCGAGCUAUCCAAUUAUCCAGAGGCAAGAGCUUUAUAAGAUUAAAAUAAGGCUGUUAUUUAAAGAACUCCUUAAAUAGCCCGAAAUAAGUUAUAAAAAUAAAAAUCCAG